AUGGCAAUUAGGGAAGAAGGGUUUGAGCUUGACAUCACCGAGCUCCGACUAGGGUUACCCGGUGGCACCAAUGGUGUCGACCGCGUUGAAAGAAACGAGAAAAAGAGGGUGUUUUUGGAUAUUCGUGGUGGCGAUGAUCGAAAAAGCGAUGAAAACAUUAGAGAAGUGGUGGUGGUCGGGUGGCCGCCGGUGUGUUCGUUCAGAAAGCGAACGAUGACCAAAAUAUACGUGAAAGUAAGCAUGGACGGAGCUCCGUUUCUUCGGAAGAUCAAUAUCGGUGGUUUUAAAGGGUAUUCGGAAUUCGUCAUGGCUCUUGAGAACCUCUUUGGUCCUAUAAGUGAAUGCGAGUACAUACCAAUAUACCAAGACAAAGAUGGAGACUGGAUGCUUGUAGGGGACGUCCCUUGGGAGAUGUUUGCGGAAACGUGCAAGAGGUUGAGGGUGAAGAAAAGAGCAGUAGAUGGUGAACUACAAACGAAAAACUUGAUGAGUAAUGAUUGA